ACCUCUUUCGAGUUGCACGCGAGACAGCUGCACGAACAGCUUCCAUUCAAGGGAGAAUAUGGCUGGGCUCGUGGGAGAGAUGGAUGACCUUAAGGUCGAUGCGCCACCUGCCCAAGAAGUAGAGAACGGUGAAGAGGACGCCGAGGAGGAGGCGGGCGCAGUAGCCGAUGAGGAAGGAGCCAGCAGCAGCAAGAAGAAGAAGAAGAAGAAAAAGAAGAAAAAGACAGCUUCCGCAGCAGGCGAAGCACCUGCAGCAGCGCCGAUCGGUACGGGUGAAGCCAAUGGUGACGUCGAGGGAGUAGAUGGCGAAGAGGGAGAAACCGACGCGGCUGUCGAUGCGGGGGAGGCCUGUGCGGGAGCAGCAAAGAAGAAGAAGAAGAAAAAAAAGAAAGGGAGCGCGGGAGUGCCGACUUGUCCGGGGGGCACCGGGAGCAAGGUCGCGCCCGCGAGGGGUGUGACUGGGUUCACGGACAGCUAUGUCAGGCACGGGCAAACAGAGCCUCCGACCAUCCCCGUUGAAGACCUUUUCGAGGAGGGAUCUUUCCCGGAGGGGGAGAUUUUGGAGCAUCCCCGGGACUUCAACUCAUUCCGGAUAACGAGCGAGGAGAAGCGAGCUGAGGAGCGCCUUCAGUACGCGGGGCUGUAUGACAAGGCGCGCAAGGCGGCCGAGGUGCACAGGCAGGUCAGGCGCUACGCACAGAGCUACAUCAAGCCGGGGAUCAAGCUCAUCGACAUGUGCACCAUGCUCGAGGAGAAGAACCGGGAGCUGGUCCGAGAGAACGGGCUCGAUGCAGGCAUCGCCUUCCCGACGGGCUGCUCGCUCAACCACGUCGCGGCGCACUACACACCAAACAACGGCGACGAUACCGUACUCAAGGUGUGUGCGCAGAGCAGGUUCCCGGGCGGUCCGUUUGGGCCACCGCUUUGGCGAGAGUGCUGUGCGUUUGUUGCUGCGAACCCGGGGAGCAAUAGGCAUCUACGCGCGACGUGCAGUGGCGCCCGAAACGUUAUGUUCCCUCGAUUGGUCACUCCACUGCUGUAUUCACAACAACAUCAUUCACGAUUUGGCGCUACGUCUACUCUUGCUCACGCGUGCGCGUUCGUGUGGUACGGUCAGCACGGGGACGUGAUGAAGGUGGACUUCGGCACACACGUAGAGGGCCGCAUCAUUGACUGUGCUUGGACUGUAAGCUUCGACCCCCAGUUCGACCCCCUCCUUGAGGCCGCCCGGGAAGCCACAAACGCCGGCAUCAGGAACGCUGGCAUCGACGUGCCUCUCAACGAGGUCGGAGCGGCCAUCCAGGAAGUAAUGGAGAGCUACGAGGUAGAGAUCAACGGCACCACCUACCCGGUCAAGAGCGUGCGCAACCUCAACGGCCACAGCAUCGGUCCGUACGAGAUCCACGCCGGGAAGAACGUUCCGAUCGUUAAGGGCGGCGACGCCACGCGCAUGGAGGAGGGGGAAUUCUUCGCCAUCGAGACUUUCGGGAGCACCGGGCGCGGUCACGUCGUGGAGGAAAAGUACGUGGGGGCGCUCAAGCAACUCUGUGACUCGGGGCUUGUGAACGCUUACCCGCCGUUGUGCGACGUUCGGGGCUCGUACGUCGCCCAGUACGAGCACACCAUCCUCAUGCGACCCACAUGCGUGGAGGUUUUGUCUCGCGGCGACGACUUCUAGUGUGGUUGCGUACGGGCGAA